UCAUAAUGGAAUGAGACGCAAAACUCAUUCAAAACAGUCUGAUGAAGAAUCCAAGGCUUUGAAUUGUUUUCGCAGCGUCAUCUCAGCUGAAACACCUUAUAUCUAGUGCACUGAUUCCAGCUGCUUUUUCAAUCGAUCUUUUACCUUUUUUCUUUGGAGGGAUAUGUCUACUCUAAUAAGCUAUUUUAAAAACGGACGCGUGAUGCAUUUCAGUAUUUAUUUCAUUAUUUCAUUUUAACGUCAAACCAUUUGGUGAUGGGGAAGAGCAUGAAGUGAUAGUCAUUUGUUGGCUUUGGGGGGGGAGUGUGGUGAUCGAAAGCCGUUGUGUCGGCGUAGGCUAUAUCGUAGUGCUCCAAUCUUAAAUCAUUUUAUUUUUGUGGUAGAGCCUUUGGCAAUCAGCAUAUGUUCUCUCCGUCUCUGGUAAGUGGGGGAGGCGGAGAGAGACGGGCUGUGGGAGAAGGCUGUUUAUUACCCGUGGAGCAAAACACAGUUUAUUUAGAGGGAUGAAUCGUAUGCAUUUUUUGCAAGUGGACUACAAAACUAAUCGUUGACUGCAGUAUUUGGCGUAUUUUCUCUGUGGUGAAUGAUACAGAAAGCCAUCACUGCUGAGCAAGGCGCCCACCAGACCACUGCAAUUUUUGAGCAAAGAUAGACUGGCGUCGUCUUGCGGAUAGGCUACUAUGUCAGCAUAUGGCAUCUUCUGAAGGGAAGAAUCCACGAAUCCUUUGCAUUUUAGAAUGUAUUUUUAGCAGAAUGCAGUGACGGGAUUUUGAACCCAGCAUCAUUAGCCUACGCGGUUUCCGGUUCCUAGCUGGUGUUUCCCCAUUGCAAAAUUAUCGGAAAAAGCAGCGGAUCCCGAUGGCAUGGACACUUACGCAAGGUCUGCCGCGCCGCCGUGCUUCUGGAGCCUAUUUGCUGUCUCUCCCUUCAACCCAGCUCCACCGCCAUCGCCCCGCAGCCCAGAGAGCCCUGCCGCAACGCGACCAGCGACCACCGAGCCAAAGCAGGCGGCAUGAGGCUUGAUUCAGUACAUUUAUCCAUGCUGGUCAUCGGGGUCUCUUUCGCCUGCUACUCCCCGAGUUUGAAUUCUCUGCAGGACCAGGCUUACAAUUCCGCCGUGGUGAUCGAGGGCAAGGUGCAGUCCGCGCCUCUGAACGACUCAGCCGAGGCGUACCGUGUGAAUGUCAAAGUGCUGGACUUGUGGCCGCGGAACAGUGGAGGUCUGGAACGGGAGCAGCUCGUCACCGUGGGGGAAUUCGGAUCGGAGGCUCUUUGCACCACAGUGAUAAAGAAUCACAAGUAUAUUUUUUUCAUGGACCCAACUGAUGAGCCUCUGGUUUUCAAGGCAUCGUAUGCUCCCCUAGACACUAGUGGGAAUAAUCUAAAAAAAGAUGUUGGGAGGAUCUUGUGUGAAAACUGCGCUAAUGCCCCAAAGUUGAAGCGGUUGAGGAACCUGAUGGUGGAUGAGGGGAGCAGGCUCACUGUCAAGUGUGAGGCUACAGGAAACCCCAGCCCUACCUACAAAUGGUUCAAAGAUGGCAGUGAGCUCAAGAAAAGCAGAGAGGUCAAAAUAAAGUCCAGCCAGAAGAACUCCAGGGUCCAGAUCAGCAGAGCCAAGCUGGAGGAUUCUGGGAAUUACACGUGUGUGGCAGAGAACCUUCUGGGGAACUCCAACUCCACGAGCACUGUUCAUGUCCAAAGCAUAACUACCACGCCGUCUCCAGGCUCGGGCCAUGCCAGAAGAUGCAAUGACUCAGAGAAGGCCUACUGCGUGAACGGCGGUGACUGUUACUUCAUAAAUGGUAUCAAUCAGUUCUCCUGCAAGUGUCCGAAUGACUUUACUGGUGAUCGCUGUCAAAACUACGUCAUGGCCAGUUUCUACCAGCAUCUUGGGAUUGAAUUUAUGGAAGCGGAAGAGCUCUACCAGAAAAGAGUCCUGACAAUCACGGGGAUCUGCGUGGCUCUGUUGGUGGUGGGCAUUGUGUGUGUGGUGGCCUACUGCAAAACCAAGAGACAGAGGAAGAAGAUGCACAAUCACCUGCAGCAGAACAUGUGUGCAGAUCACCCUAACCGGAACCUAGCGAACGGACCCAAUCACCCAGGACCUGGUCCUGAGGAGAUACCCAUGGUAGAUUACAUCUCUAAGAAUGUGCCUGCAACGGAGCGAGUCAUAGGGCAUGUACCAGAGGACUCGUUCCCCGGCAGCCAUGCGUCUUCCAGAUCUCACAACUCCUCUACCCAUGCCCAUUCAUCCACUCACAGACACGAGGAGCGGACAUGGAGCCUGGAACGGACUGACAGUGUCCUCUCAGACUCACCAGGCAUGAUGUCGUCCUCCGUGGGGACCAGUAGGUGCAACAGUCCUGCGUGCAUGGAGGCCAGGGCCAGGCGUGCCGCACACUGUGGCUCUACUGUGCCCCACCGGCCGGGCCUGCAGUAUGAAGACUCGUUCGAUUCGCUGGGGGACUCUCCACACAGCGACAGGUAUGUGUCAGCCCUGACAACGCCGGCCCGCCUCUCUCCAGUGGACUUCUUUUACUCGCUGCCCCCGCAGGUGCCUACCUUCCAGAUCACCUCCCCCAACACCAGCCAGGCCAUGUCCCUGCCACCCGCCGCCCACACCCCCUACCCCCUGGAGGACGACCACCCUCUGCUGCGGCGCUACCAGGUGCCACUGCACGACGUCCAGCGCCAGGAGCCCUACCGGCAGCAGCGCCGCACCUACCUGAACGACAGCACGGGCAGCCUGGCCUCUAGUCCCUACAGGCUGGCUGAGGAAGAAGACUACGAGACCACACAGGAGUACCUCUCCUCCCGUGAACAACCAAAGAAAAGUGGGACCGGCAAUGGUGGUGUUGGGGGUCGGCGCUUGCGGAGGUCCAGACUGAACGGCUACGUAGCGCCGAGAGGAUACGAGGCGUCACGGGACUACGGCUCUCGCAGCUGCCUGACGGACAGUGAGUCGGAGGAGGGCGAGAGCACGCCCUUCCUCAGUAUGCAGAAUAUGAACGCGGAGCCCUCCACCAUCUGCAGGCCGGCCAACAGUCGGACUUCUCAGUCACACUCUUCGGGGCGGCACGAUGCACGCGGGACUGUACAGACCAGACAGACACACUCACGGUCCAAACCGGACAAUGUACCCCAUUAAAGAAAGAAGAUGAGCUACCAACGAAAAUCAAUAUAGUAUAAACCUGCACCUUUACAAAAUAUUUUUAUUUUAUAUAACUGACAGAUAUUCUAAACAAAUGAAAUAUUUAUUUUCAUUUUUAGCAAAAGUUGUCUACUAGUUAACAGCAAAGACUUUUUUAUAGGGAAAACUCUAUUUAUAUGUACAUUUUGAUUUACAGUAUAAAAAGACGUGCCAAUUUUUUCACAACUUCAAAAAUUGAGUAAUAUUGUGGUGCCUUUUGCUGUAUGCCGAUGGCAGAGGGCCAGUGGAAGUUUUUGUAGCCUUUCUUAUAUGGACAUCAUUUUUUAUACACGUUUCCUCUUUUGUUUUCUUUUUUGGGCUUUGUUUUUUUUCUUUUCAGGCUGCGUUCUUCUGGGAGUCUAGCCCCAUUUGAACAUUACCCUUCCCCUUCCACAUCAUGCAAUAUAAACCACUUAAUCAUAAGGUGUAUGUUUACAUGAAUAUAAUUCACCUAUAGGGUUUAUCAUUUUGGUACUCUCCAGUAGAAAAUCUGAUCAAUGCAACGCAGGUCCUUGCUCUCUGAGUGGGGAGGAGUGUUUGUGUGUGUAAGUGUGUGUGUGUGGGAGGGGGGGAUUUAGUGUACAGCUGUGCUUGUGUGUGUGUGAGUGUUAGAUGUCCUAAUGUGUUGUUGUACCAACCAACUGGUUGCUCUAUUGGGCGCCAAAGCAACUGUAUCAGUAGAGGAAAACUGUAGGUGCACAGUGAAGAUCAGCCUGGGUUCCAGGGUUCGCUGCUGUUGGGUAAAGAGUUCUUUUGGGUAAAGAGUUCUGUUGGGUAGAGAGUUCUGUUGGGUAGAGAGUUCUGUUGGGUAGAAGGUUCUGCAUGUCAUUGCUUGAUGUGUGUUUACAGCUGCCCCACCUUUGUUUCCUGGCCCCCUCCUUGUACCAACAGGGUAAGGUUUGUCUCCUGGCUCCUUACUGGUCCCACCAGGGUAAGGUUUGUCUCAUGGUAGCCUCCUUGUCCCAACAGGGUAAGGUUUGUCUCAUGGUAGCCUCCUUGUCCCAACAGGGUAACGGUUUGUCUCAUGGUAGCCUCCUUGUCCCAACAGGGUAACGGUUUGUCUCAUGGUAGCCUCCAACGUCCUGGCUGUCUGUGAUUCUGAAUAAGAAAUGUCGUUGGCCAGUGUCUCAGUUGGUCUGGAGAUAUCCCUGCCAUCAGUGAUAGUGGCUCAAUACAAAGAGACAAAAUUCAAAGCAAGAACAUCCCAUGAAUGUAUCUCUUUCCCAUCACCCAUACCUCAUCAUCCUCCUCACCUGUCCAUUGUGUACCUGUGGCCAAAGUAAAGGUUCGCACAGCAUCUCAGGACUUCCACCCACCCCUCUGCCCCCUCUUCCCCUCUCUCUCUCUCCCUCUCCCUCCACCAACAUAUUUCCCUAAGACUAAGGUCCCCCCACGGACAUAAAGAACACACCCACCAUGGUACGCCUCUGAGCACUCCCAUCUAAAGAGAAGGAAAGGAGAGUGGAAUCUCAGUGGAGAACAGAACAGAAUAGAACAGAAUAGAAUAGAAUAGAGCAGAACAUACUAAACCAAUACAAGAGAAAUAGCUGUGAAACUUUGGAGGAUCAUAAAAUGCCAAAAUAUGCAAACUUUCUAUUUUGCUUUGUUUGAUGACAUCAUUUUCUAAGAGGUGACUGUAGUGUGUUGUGUGAAACCUAUGUAAUGCCUAUUGUGCAGAAGAAGUAACAUGAUAUCAAUACAUAUUUAUAUCCAUUCUUAUUUUUCAUGCAGUUAUGCAGCGCUUGCUCAAAUUGUCAAUUUUCCUCAUUCACAGAUUCAUAUCCAUUGACUGAUUGUGUUCAUGAAUUCUUAUCUCACUGAGUCCAGACCAAGCAGACAACACCCAAGUCUACAGUAAUGACUAAUCACUUUAAAGGGUCUCAUUCACUAAUGUUGAGUGCUGCUCAGUCUUGUGGAUAAGGAUAAUAAUGUUGCUUAUUAUGAAGUAUGUCACUAACUGGUUAUCAAUUUUAAAAGGUAACAACUCGACUUGCUCAAACUCCUCUGUCCUCCACUGAGGGAAGGGUUAAGGUUUGGAAGUUCAUUUCAUACCUGUCAAAAAUGUUGGAGUAAAUGGUUCUGACAAUGCAUUUGAAAUGAUUGUUGAUAAUCCUGCAAAACUGGUUAUAUACAUUUUAAAAUACAACCAAAAAAGUGAAAUGACUGUACCAGGACAAAAUCACCAGAUGAGUGUAGAUCAAAAGUAAAGCGAUAAGUAGGAUUUAAAACACACUGGUAACGGCUGUAAGAUGAAGGCACGUUGACAAACACACGUAGACAUCUCACAAAUGGAUUUUCUCUCCUUUCGGUUUCUCACACUCUGAGUGUAAUUUUGUAUGUUUGAAAAAUGCAAAAGAAGACAGUAGUUCUAGUUUAAAUGUGAUAUUUCCCCAACCUUGCCCCCCUCCUCACCCAAUAGAAGUGCUGCCAGGUUCGUCCUGUCAGUUUCUCAUGUUUUUAUUUUUCUUCCCUCGCUUGAAAUGUUUCAACACCUCUCCUCUGCAUGUACUUGUGGUCAAGGUAUAUGGGUGCAUGGUAAAAAGCAGCAGUCAGUUUUUUUCAGUCAGUGGAAGUGUAUUUCAUUUAACAUUCAGCAAUAAAAAUCCCCCCCAUCUCCAUUCUAGGAAUAUGCUAGAAAAAAAGUACAAAUGCGAGAUUGUCAUAGAUUGUAAAAUAAAAUUUUAAAAGUAAUCCACAAAAUAAAUCUUUAUUCAUAUCAUUUUAA